AUGCCCUGUCCAUUCAUGGGUUCGCUAAACCAGGCUUUCGUGCGGAACUACGGCAGCGUACUGAUGAAACAGUACGGCAAUUUUUGCCCGAUCAUUUCGAGAGGUUUCCGCAGCCUCGGGCAAGACGAGACGAAAUGUCCUUUCAUUCAGAACAACAACACCGUCGUCGCCGAUGCGCCCAAGGAGAUGACAGAGGACAUCGUCGAGAGCGCACGACCCUACGCCUACGACAAAUUCUUCAAUGAGCAGAUCAGCGCUAAAAAGAGGGAUUACUCGUACCGGGUGUUCAGGAAGGUGUCGCGACUAGCGGCCGACGGUAUGUACCCGCAAGCUUUGGAAGGCCUAGACAACCGUAGGGUGACUGUCUGGUGCGCCAACGACUACCUUGGAGCGUCCCGUCACCCGACGGUGCAAGAUGCAGCCAUCUCUGCCAUCAAAUCCUACGGUACGGGCGCCGGUGGUACUCGCAACAUCGCUGGUAACUCUCAAAUGACGGAGAAGCUAGAAACGGAAAUAGCCAAACUACACAAAAAGCCUGCAGCGUUGAUAUUCAGUUCGUGUUUUGUUGCCAAUGAUGCAACAUUGUCCACGUUAGCUAAGUUACUGCCCGGGUGCAUAGUUUACUCGGAUGCAGGCAACCAUGCGUCUAUGAUACAGGGAAUCAGGAAUAGCAGGGCACCUAAGCACAUAUUUAAACACAAUGACCCUAACCACUUGAGGGAGCUACUCUCUAAAUCGCCUGAAGGCGUACCUAAACUAGUCGUAUUUGAGACUGUCCACUCUAUGAGUGGGGCAAUCUGUCCUCUAGAGGAGAUGUGUAAAGUAGCGCACGAGUUUGGAGCGUUGACGUUCGUGGACGAGGUCCAUGCGGUAGGGCUGUACGGAAAGCACGGGGCCGGCAUCGGGGAAGAGCGGGGCAUCGAGCAUAUGAUCGAUAUCGUUUCUGGUACGUUGGGUAAGGCGUUUGGCAAUGUGGGAGGUUACAUCGCCGGCUCUUCAUUACUGGUAGACACGGUGCGGUCACUGGCGCCCGGGUUCAUCUUCACGACGGCGCUGCCGCCUCCCGUCCUAGCCGGGUCCCUCGCCGCCAUUAGGCUGCUCGCGAGCGAAGAGGGAAGAAGUUUGCGAGCGAAACACCAAGCGAUCGUUCGUUAUUUAAAACUGUCGCUCUUGGUGGCGGGACUUCCGCAGAUGCCCUCCGUGAGCCACAUAGUUCCGGUGCCCAUAACCGGAGCGGAUAAGGUGGCCCUCGUCGCCGAGUCGCUCAUGAAGAGGGGCCAUUACGUGCAAGCGAUCAAUUAUCCCACGGUGGCGCGCGGAGCGGAGCGUCUCCGGUUCGCGCCGGGCCCCUACCACACGCCCGAAAUGAUAGACAGCCUAAUCACUGCCCUAAUCGAAUCAUUCCACGAGAACAACAUAAACUUCAACCAGUUUCUGGUGAACGGGACCUGCCGCGAGUGCAGCAUGGAGUACAAGGUGGACGUGCCCUACGAGGAGAGCGUCAAGUACCCCAUGAUCGCCGCGUAA